AUGGCUUUUUUAAUGCAGCAGAUGUUGGGGGAUAAGAUGAAGAACAUGAUGGGAAGUGGAAGCCAAGAUGCAGGGGCAGCAGCUACAGACGGGAAAGAAACUGCUGCAUCUAAAGGAAUGUCCCGUGAGGAGUUUGAGGAAUACCAGAAACAACUGGUGGAGGAGAAAAUGGAGAGGGACAAAGAAUUUGCAACAAAAAAAUCAGAAAGAGCCAAUCUGAGAGUACUGCUCAGAGACAAGUACAGACUUCCACAGAAUGCACAGGACGAUGCCACAGUGCAGAUGGCGGGAGAUGACCUGGACGUUCCUGAAGAACUGGCCAAAAUGGUAGAAGAGGAUGAGGAGCAAGAGGAGAUGAACGACUCAUUUCUUAAAAAACUGCAAAACAUCGAAGUGGAUUUUGAUGCAGUUAAAACCAAAGCUCAGAGCACAAUAACAGAAGCGAAGCAAGCAGCAGAAGAAAAAUGUGCUUUAAUGUGA